GCGCCGGGAACGCCCAGGAUGAGUGACUCUGUAAAUGUUGGCUGAGAAUAAAUGGCCCAGGCUGCGACAGGUGCAAUGCUACGCUUUCCGGCCUUGCGAGAAGGUGGGUGGCACGCGGGGAUUGGAGCCGCAGUUCCUACUGCGGUGUCGCCGGGUUGACCACGAAGAAGGACACCGUUUUUCUCUCUGUCUCCGCUGCCGGUCCCCGGCUACCCACGAGAGCCAGUUCUCACAGGGGAUACUUAAAUACCUACCUGUGUUUUGGACACUGUGUUCAUAAUGGAGUUUCCUGACUUGGGGAAGCACUGCUCAGAACCGACUUGCAAGCAGUUAGAUUUUCUGCCGAUAACAUGUGACGCAUGUAAACAAGAUUUCUGUAAAGACCAUUUUUCCUAUGUGGGUCAUAAGUGUCCCCUUGCAUUCAAGAAGGAUGUGCAAGUGCCCGUGUGUCCCCUCUGCAAUGUCCCUAUCCCUGUGAAGAGAGGUGAGCUCCCAGACGUGGUGGUUGGAGAGCACAUGGACAGAGACUGCGCCUUUCACCCUGGGACGAACAGAAAGAAGGUUUUUACACACCGAUGCUCGAAAGAGGGAUGCAGGAAGAAGGAGAUGCUGCAGCUGGCUUGUGCACAGUGCCAUGGCAACUUCUGCAUUCAGCACAGGCAUCCUCUGGACCACAACUGCCAAGCUGGGAGCAGCUCGGCCAGCAGGGGAAGGCCUUCAGCAUCCAGCGCUCCCGAGCAGAAGCCAUCAGGAAUCAGUUGGCUGGCCCAGCAACUCAGGCGGACAGUGAAGUGACAGCGUGGGCCGCACACCAGCGCCUUUCCGCUGGGUUUUAACCCUGGCCUCCGGUGCUUUCCUGAUUCUCCUGGUAGACUGAGUCUUUAUGGAAAAGUCUCCAUUGACUGUUCAAGUUAGGGCAGAGAGAUGGCUCAGUGGGUAAAGCGCUUGCCUCACAAGCCUGAGGACUAGUUUAUCCCCAGAAUUAAUGUUUUAAAAAAGCCAGAUAUGGUUGGUGCACACUUAUAAUCUUACCAAUGUAGAGUGGAGACAAGCGAAUCCCUGGGGCUCUCUGACCAGCAGCCUGGCCUAAUUGGGGAGUUCCAGGCCAGAGUGACAUCACCUCAAAAAAUAGGGUGGAUAUUUCCUGAGGAGGGACAUUGGAGAUUCAUUGGACUUUACACACACAUUGCAUAAAUUAUUUAACAAAAGAAAUGAGGCUGUUCAGCAACUUUGAGGUGCGUUACGUUCCUGUAGCAAGCUGCUGAGUUCAGGAGCUGAGGACCAGUGUAAACAUCAUUAGCGGUCUGUGCUAUACCAUUUCUGGGAAAUUCUGUCCUAUAACAGAAAAGAGCUGCUGAUGUUUCUGAAUUCUUCCCUACAUGGAUUUUGUAAUGAGGUGUCUGUGGGGCACAGUCCACUCACGGUCCCCAAGAACUCAAGUCGGUGUGGUGCCCUUUCCUGACCCAGGCUGGGGCUGCUCUGGAGGGAGGCUGUGCACGUGGCGUACAGUGGACCUAAGCAGCCAGCUUAGCCGUGUCAUGACUCCUCAUGCCUGGCUUCAGUUUUCACUUCGAGACAGAGUCUCACCAUGAAGCUCUAGCUGUCUUGGAACUCACUCUGUAGACCAGGCUGGUCUUUAACUCACAGAUCCGCCUGCCUCUGUCUCCCAAGUGUGGGUCCAGUUUUAACUCCCAAGAAGAGCAUCAUGAAAGGGAAGCCUUCUCUGGACUUUCUGGUGGCAGCAGGCAGGGGCCUCCUUCUUGGUCUCUUUUGAGGAGCAGAAACCCAGACAGGAUGAGAAGUGGAGAGGGUCUGUAGGGUGUGGCCUCCAUUGCUCCUGUGUCACCUGCGUGGCCUAACCACAUCUGCCACCAGCUGCCCGUGCCCACGUGGGGGAGAGCACGUCUGGAGUGCCCCGUUGACAGAUACCAGCAUUAGGUUGAUCCUGAUGACCACUGGGUUUCAGGGAUAUCGUGGGACCAGCCCCCCAAGCCAGUUUUGCCCUUAACCCUGACUUUUGACACGUUUGGGGCAGUUGAACUCCCUGAAUAACAUAUCUAGCAGCAUUCUGCAGGUUUUUGCAGCCUCUGGCUGUAAUGGGGAGGCAGGACUGGGGCUCAGUCUGUUCUCCGAAGACUUGACUGUGAGUGUCCUUAAGCCAGUGCUUCUCCAGGGUCCGCAUCAGGACUCUCAUUGCAUUGCUUCCUACUCCCAGUCUCUGACUAGUUCCGAGGGGGCUCGGGGUUUGCCCUUAGAACAAGGUCUAGGCUGUGGUGCUGUAUGGAAACACUGAGACAAAUCAUUUCUUUGCCUCCACUUCCCAGGGUGGUAGCCUCUACCCUUCAUGGUGAUGGGCACUUGAGAUGUAGCCAGCAUAAUGGAGCUUUUAAUUCUGCUUCAGAUUUGAAAUACCUGGGUUUGUAAUUCAGCACCGUUUAAGUAUGUUAGGGACCUGGGUAUGUGAACCUACCUCCUAACCAUUUAUGAAAUAAAAAUGCCUCAGCUGAAAUAACUCCAAAUUGGGGAUUAAAAGUCAUUGCCCCAGUGAUUUAAGAGUUGUCCUGCUCUUGCAGAGGACCGGAGCUCAGUUCCAAGCGUCGCUCACAACUACACAUAAACUUCAGCUCCCGGGCAUCUGAUACCUCUGGCCUCUGUGGGCACUUGUACUCAAAAGCAUACACCCUUAAACACAUAAAGAAAAGUCAGAAGUAUGUUGGGUAAGGUUAGGGCCUAGCUUUGUGGGUUAACACUCACCUAGAGUCCACCAGUGAGGAGCUGAGGCCAUGAUUCUAUAGGAGAGCACCUGCCUAGUACCCUUCAGGUCUGGGGAAUGGUUUUUAGUAGAGCACCUGCCUGUCGUGUCUGAGGCAAAGGAAGCAAAACAAAAUCACCAGACUUUGAGGACUAUAUCAAAUGUAAGACAUUGUUUAUAUGUUAAAGUAUUUUAUAUGUAAUAGCAAAUAAAAUAAUUUAUUUCA